AUGGCACCUGUUCCUGCAGCAGCGGUAUUCUCUUUGCCUCUCGCCCCAUGGCAACAACCUGCCAGUGUGCGCGUAGCUCAGUACGAGCCUAGGAAGCGCAAGAAGGAUCUCUCUGACUGGGGGGACGAUGAUGAUGAUGUUGAUGGCGACACAACAGAUGCGGCAUCAGAGGCAGCUCCUGGUCCAUCACUCACCCUCUCCCCGGAUGAAGCCCAUCAAUAUCGCAUUGCUGGCCUUGCCUUCGACCAAGAAUUGCCUGGGGGCAAUUUCCCACAUGCCCCGGUUAAAGAUCAACCGACCCGUCGGCAGACACGUAACCAAGUCCUGAAAGAGUUGACUUCGUUGCCAUCUCCAAUCUAUCCUCCUCAGUCUGCAGCCCAUCAAGGGAAUCUACGUCUUCAGCAUCUUGCCGUGCUGUCUUCCAUUUUGCACCGUUGCCUCCUGCAGAAAGACUUCGUUCGAGCGGGCAGGGCGUGGGGGUUAAUCCUCCGUGAAGAAAUUGGGGGCAUCCCAAUUGACGUCCGCACUGAAGGGAGAUGGGGCAUUGGUGCAGAAAUCUUGCUCCGACGUGACUGCCAGGUCUCGGACAUGUCUCCUGAUAAUGCACAGGAACGUGAUGCAGAGCCGUCUGAGGCACCGCCCUCCAAACUUUUAUUCACAAGGCAGGGUUUUGAAAAGGCCAGGCAGUAUUACGAAACCCUCAUCAUUCAGCACCCAUACCGAAAAGCGGCACCUGAUGCUAUAAGCUCACUACACUUUUAUCCUGCCAUGUUUGGACUUUGGGUGUAUGUCACCCAAGAGGAGAGCAAUAUUUCUCGACAGAAAAUCUGGGACGCCCAUGGUGCGUCCCCUGACGAUUCGGAAGAAGAAGAUUCUGCGCUCGAUAUGCAACACCAUCAUGGCGCCCGACAGAAGACGCAUGCGCUGAUUGCCAGUGUUAGGAAGAGUGAGCUGGAACAGGCUCAGAAGAUUGCAGCCAGGAUGGACGAAAUUCUCGGAUCUCCCCCAUACUCUGACUCUCCUGAGUUACUGGAGCUCCGCGGAAUGAUCUCUCUCUGGAUUGCUGAUCUGUUUGUCUCAUCACUGCCAUAUGGGCGAACAGAGGGAGAUAUGGACGAUUAUGAUUCCGAUGAGACCGGUUCAUCAUCCGCCGAAGAUCUUCAAGACUCGCUUCAAGAGCGGCGAGAGCGCCGACUUGCAGUCGAGAGGAAGGAAUACGAGGUACAGAAGUCGCAGGAUUAUUUUUCGAAGGCCAAACAGCGUGGCAAAGGGGUCACCUCUACGUUUGGAGACCUGCAUAUAGAUGAUGAUGAUGCUUCAUUUGGAUAUACUCGGGUAACCAUGGGAGUGGGCGAUUAUGUGCACUCAAAAGAGGCUGGCCAGCCUCGACCACGCACAACUGAAGCCUCAAAACAGUCACGGCAGGCUCUAGCCGCACAAGCAAGGGUUGACGUCCCUCCAACAAAUCUGGUGGCGCCAGUGCCCCUGUCAAUCAACAAAUCAAUUCCCCUGGAGCAUUAUUCAACACCGGCAUUUAGCGAGCAGAUGCCUCAGGCGCCCGCGGAAAAUGGCGUGCAUAGAGACAUGUUUGACACCGAUGUGGAAGGCAUUGACGACUCAACUAUUGCUGCGACAAGUGUCAUGGGUGCAGAGGAUGCUCCACUUCAAUUCCAAUUACGACCCGCCACAGUUCCUCAAUAUCAAGAGGCAGCGCCAGUAGCGGAUGAGAGGCCACUGCAUCCGUCUCGAUUGCCACGCCGUGCUUACGAUGGCAAGUGGUACGAGAAUCUUGGAGACAGCGCUAUGAAAACAGCUGGUUUCGACUCAGAAGAUGUCGAUGAUGCAAGUCAAUUGACCUCCAUGGCCGGAGACGAUGAACGAUCUGAUACAACUGAGGACGGGAACUACGCCCGCAGAUACAGAUCCUCCACCGAGGAACCAUUAAGCAAACGACUACAGAGCUUUUGGACCGCCAGUAGGAGAUCUUACCAGAAUCCAGAACCACAAGCAUACCCCGAACCAUCAAAGACUGCUGCUCCUCCUCCUCUGCGGCAAUCCACAUCCGACGCCAGAUUAUCAAAACAGGCUCUACCCAACAGGAAAGUCACACUGCCACGCAGUAUGACAGCAACCCCACGGACACGCUUCAGUCCCCCCAAACCAUCUCUCCUAGAACAACUGGACAUAACCCCAACUCGUCGAACCUCAGGUCCUCGACCCCAACCCGGCAAAGAACCAGGAAUCACCAGUACCACCAACCACCACCAGCACCACCAGCGCCACAACUCCGACGACAACCACCUCUUCAACACCAGCCGCGACAGCCUACCACCCCUAACCACCUUCGACAUGACCAACAUCGACGACCUCGACGUCGAAGACGAUGACCACGACCCAAUCAACGACCCAUUCGCGCGCCGCAACUCCGUCCAACGCAUCGUCUCAGACGACCCCGACUUCCAACCCACCAAGAGCACCAUCACCAUCGGCCCCAGCACCAAAAACAAAAAACGAAACCUCGAAUCCGACUACCCGCCCGAAAUCCUGCGCCAAAAAUCCUUCAAGGACCUUCAAUCCGAACCCUUCGACCACACCCCAACCGCACCCGCUAAAUCCACCCCGACCACCACACCAGCCCCCAACCCAGGCCCCAACGCCACCUCGGACGAGAAAAUAGAUUUCUUACUAAACUCCGAAGACAAAGACCGCCGCGACUUCUUCUCCACGCUCACGAUGAACGAAUGGGAAGAUUACGGCGAUCUCCUCAUCGACCAAUUCAGCAACGCACUUUCCAAGAUGAAAGAUCUCCGCCAUGCAAGACGGAAAACGGCGGCGUUGUUUGAGGCGGAAAUUGCGAGGAGGAAUGAGGUUGUUGAGGAGCAGUCUGCUGAUUUGACCAGGAAGUUGGAGGAGAUGAGGAGUGGGGGGGCGGAGGUGUUGAGGGGGAGAACGCCUUGA